CUAAGUACAAUUUUUCUAUAAAGAAAACUUGCUCUCCCCCAAAAAAAUAACAAAACAACUAAUUUAACUAAUUAAUAACAAUGGCGGACUCCAUUGACCCUUACGAGUUCCUCAAACUCGUACCCAAUCCAGACGGCACUCUUACCCGCCACUCCUCCAUCCCCAAGGCCCCUACAUCUGAAUCCCACGAUUCACCCGUCAUCUCCAAAGAUUUCCCUCUCAAUUCCGCCACCGGAACAUUCCUCCGAGCUUUCAAGCCCAAUCCCCUUCCCAACACUCCAAAUCUUCCCGUCAUCCUCUUCUUCCACGGCGGCGGCUUCAUCCUCUUCAGCGCCACAUCCCUCCCUUACCACGAAUCAUGCGCCGGCUUAGCGGCCCAGCUCCGCGCACUAGUCCUAUCACUCGAGUACCGUCUCGCUCCCGAACACCGUCUCCCAGCCGCCUACGACGACGCCGUCGAAGCUCUUCGCUGGAUAUCCGCCGUAGCAGGCGGCGUCUCAGCCGAGCCCUGGCUCAGCGAGUGUGCCGAUUUCACCAAGUGUUUUGUGAUGGGGAGUAGCGCUGGGGGGAAUAUGGUGUACCACGCGGGUCUACGUGCACUCGAUCUGGAUCUCUCACCUAUGGUGAUCCGAGGGCUGUUGCUUAAUCAACCUUACUUUGGUGGUGUCCAUAGGACGGACUCAGAGUUGGGCCACGUCAGCGAUCAUAUGCUGCCUUUGGCAGCCAACGACUUGAUGUGGUACUUGGCUUUGCCCGAAGGCGCUGAUCGUGAUCAUGAGUAUUCCAAUCCGACGGUUGUCAAUGGUGGUGUUGGUGAUGAGAGGAUCAAACGGUUGCCGAGGAGUCUGGUAACUGGAUACGGUGGGGACCCACUCCUUGAUAGGCAGAAGGAGUUUGUGGAGUUACUCAAGAGUCGAGGGGUCCAUGUGGAGGCCCACUUCUGUGACGAUGGAUUCCACGCCGUUGAGCUCUUUGAACCAGCCAAAGCUGAAGCCUUAAACGACGUCGUUGGCCGUUUCAUCCGAAGUCAUGACACGUGAUGAAUGAUGAUGCCCUCUUAUUCUCAAUAUAAAUAACCCAAAAAUAAAAAAUAAAUUGCAAUGCAAGUCGUGUCAUGACAUUAGAUAUUCAUAUAGUUGAGUCAGUAAUAAACUAUUCAAUAAGAAGAACAUUAAUAAUUCUUUUUCUCAGAUGGAGAUAGAUAGCGCUAGUUUUUUCGAACAUAAAUAUUAUAAAUAAUGAAUAAGGCAUGUGAAAGACGGACUAUUUAGUUCAUUUUCAUAUAAUGAAAUGGGCAAUUUCAAUUAAAUAAUCGAUUAUUAGUAUUAGUACUCUUAUUAAUCUUUUGACA